GAUAAGUGAGAGAAAAAACCAAUAAAAAAUUUUGUUUUUUUGUGAAAGUAAAGUAGGUAAAGUAUUACAAACACAUUAAAGAUAUUUUAUCACCAAACCAAAUGAAGUGUAGUAUUUGUUUAUCAAAAGACAAAUCACACGAAAAUCCCUUAAUAACCUGUUCCAAUAAAGAAUGCUAUAUAACUGUACAUAAAAGUUGUUAUGGGGUUUCUACAAUGGAUGUCAAAAGUUGGAUAUGCUUAAGGUGUAAAGAGUUCGGAAAACCAAAGUUACAGGUUUGUCAACUAUGUCCAAACACCGAAGGGCCCAUGAAACCAUCCACAAAAUCAGGAUGGGCUCACAUUAUUUGUACUUUAUACCUACCCAAAGCCUACUUCAUCAAACCCGAAAAUUUAGAAAAGAUUUCCUUUUCUGAAAAAAUGACCUCUAAACCGUGUGUCAUAUGCUCACAAAGAGGCAAGACACAAGAAAGCCUCCUGGGUGAGAGGAUAAAGUGUGGCCACGAAGGGUGCAAAACAUCCUAUCACAUUACAUGUGCUUUGAAAGUGAAUUUGUUAUGCAGUGAAGAGCAUUUAAAAUACAUAAAGCAUGAUGAAUCUCCCUCCAAUUCUGCCAAAGAGGAAGCGAAAAUGACUUACACGAGUUACAAGUGUUAUUGUGACAAUCAUUUUCCGAAGAAUAAUGGCAAAGAACCCUACACCCCCUUUCACUCUCCUCCUAAUCUGAAUAGCCUGAUAUACAAGAUCCCUUUCCACAAGCUUGAUGAACGAUUUAAAGACAAAUAUUCAUCUAUUAAGACCCAUUUCUACCCCCAUCUCACCCCCAAGCCUCAUAAUACUACCCCUUCUUCCGCCGACAAAACUACGAUAUGUGAAACCUCCAAAAACGAGCAAAAGAGCCACCAAUCAGCGCAACACCGAGGCGUUGAUUCUGUUGCCGCCACCAACAAGGAUGGUGUACUACAUUCAAGUUACAAAAUACCCAAACGGAAGCACAGAUCUCCAUCUCCCGCUACUGCAUCCACGUCAUCGAAAUCACAUGGUCAUCAAGAGAGCAAAUCGUCUAUAAUUAAAUCAUCAUCGGAUAAGGUGGAGGAUGAAUCCCACAUCCGUACGAAAAAUAAGAAGUUGGAGAAAGAAUCAAACACUUCGAGCCCAUCCAAAGGUGAUAAAAAAUGUUCGAACAAAACUGCUGAUGGAAUGAAAGAAGGUCACAACAAAAAAUUAAAACUAACCCACGAUUCAAAAGAAAAUGAUACCUAUCCUACCAAUAAGAACCAAUCGCCCUCGCCCGCUAAAUUAUCAACACCUUUAAAGAUCGAACCGCAGAAUACUCUCUCCCAAGUUGGUAGCAAUAUAACCAUAAGCACGGCAUACUUUCUGCCUUCUUCUCACGGCAUGGAAAUACCAUUCACAAGAUCACACAUUAAGCAACAAAACGUUAAGACCCCAAAAUGGUUGACAGAAGCGAAAGCUGGAGAAAGUGCCAAUGCAGAUAAAGAGAAUAACAAUAAAGAUAAAGAAAACUCGAUCAAAUUUACCCCUCUUAGUACUACCCAGGAAUCAGAUACUUCUUCAAGCUUUUUUGAAGGCAUUUCCCCAGUAAUAACAUUAUCCAAAGCUUCUUUACCUACAGUGCCAGCUACCAAGGUCGAAGACUCGAUCUUACAAGAAUCUGAGAGUGACAAUAAAGAUGAACCAUCUGCAAUCAAUGAUGCCCAUAUUGUUACCAAAGCUGAGGAAGGGACGGAAGAAGAUAUCAGUUCGUAUUUCGCCAAGUAUAAACGGUUUAAAAAUGGGCCCAACAAUAGGGAUGGCGAAAAUAAGGAUGAUAAGACUAUCACUAGCCCUAGUCUAACUACAGCUUCCUUGACUACUUACCCCUACGAAAUAACGACGAUAGAAGAAGACGAUAAAAAUGAAACGUUAGUUGUACUUGAAGUGCAUAGUAGUGUCGUAAUGGACACUCAAAAGAUAGUUACCAAACCUGAAUUGAAAGACGAUGCAAUUUUCGAAGUUGGUCAAACGGAAAGGCAAAGAGAAGUCGUUGAAGAUAUAAAAGUUGGCCAAGAAAACGCUGGUAAUCAUGAAACAAAAAUUGUGAAUAAACAUAAUAAACUAGAACUACCAGUCAAAGUUUUGACUAAAAGGCGUUUAUCGGAGUCUAACAAUAAUCCGUCAUCUUCUUUAACGGUGACCACCAUUGAUGAUAUUUUACUAAAAACCAAUUCUAUAAGGGCUAAAAAAAUCUUCGAUAAGAUUGAUGAUAAAAUUAUGGACAAAAAAGUUAGAAUCUCGGAAAAUACGGAACCGGCCGUAAAUAAGGCUGAAAAUUGUAAAAUUUUGACGAGCUCCAAUGAGAGUAUGGUAAAAAAUGAAGCAACACUUAAAGUGGAAAAUGCAGUAAAAACUGAGCAUAUCAAAGAAAUGGGGGAUACAAAGAAUCAUUUGUAUACAACAGCGAGUGAUCUUGGUAUUAUGAAAUCCGAACCCCAUAUUAUUACAACAACCCAUAAUGAUAAAAACGAUUUGAAUCUCAUGUCAAGUAACACUCAAUCCCAACUCACACCUCUACUUGAGAAGGAAGGAAAUGUAUCAGAUUCAACGAAUGUUAUCAGUAAAACAUCUUCCCUAUCAAAAACAAAUUCUAAAUAUAGUAUCGAAGAUAAUUUAGAAGCGCUUACCAAGCUUAAGGCCAUUCCAAUCAGCAAAUUUCAAUUAUCAUCUAACCAUCAGUUAAAUGCAAAUAUUUCGUCAGAAUACAGUGUCGAAAGAUGCGAAAAAACAUCAGUGUUUGAGAAAGAUAAGAUUAAAUCCCAAACACCAUUAACUAAUACGCUUAUACCUAGACCAUCUUUGCACAGUGAUAUAGCUUUACACCCAAGCACCCCUUUCUUGAAUAUGAUGGCAGGAGGUAAAGAACUUUACCAGGCUUCACAGCAGUUGCUUAAUAGAUCUAACAUAAAUCAUCACCCUUUUAUUCCACUCAAUUCUGCUGCUGGCUUGAUGUUUGAUAAUCUGCCUUUCAUGUAUCACUUGCAACACAAUAUGCCCCCAUUAUUAGGCAAUAAAGCUUCCACCUCCACAAAUCUGCCAGCUUAUUACAACAGUAACAAUCCCUCAAUUAACACCCCGAAUACUAAUAAUAGUAUCUCCAUAAUGGAUACAUUUGGCUCUCGUAUAGAUGAUAAUAACAUAAAUAAUCAACUUCCCAAACAAUCUAACAACCCUGAUUUAAGCAAUAACAUGUUUGGCGGACCUAUGUUUCCCCCUGGACAGAACCCUUACUUUGAUCCAAGUAGCUUGUAUCUUUCUUGGGCCGCUGCUAAUGCCACUUAUUUUAACCACCCACAUCAUUCGCCUAUAUUUCCACCUCCGCCGCCAUCUCAUCACGCUUCUAACUUACUAUUUGGAACCAAUAAUCAACACUUUUUUCCCCACCCCAAUCCAGCGACUUUGAAACAUAACGCUAUCAAUAGUAACAACCCUACAUGCAAGGUGUUGCAGCAUAUGGAUAAUUUCGGUUCCUUUUCUCCCUCCCAUGUAUUUUCUUCUGUUCUUCAGCCUGAGACGUCAGUUGAUAUUAAACAGCCACAAAUGCAAAGGAGUGAAACCAAAAUGAUGGAUGAAAAGGUCAGAAAAACUAAUAACGAUGAAAAAGUUCCCAAUAAGUCAAGGGGCCGAAAAAAAUUGGAUGUCUUGACUAAUCAUGAAUCGAAUCCAUCCACAUUGCAUCUCAGUGGUGCUGUUCCAAAAAUCGUUUCUAAAAUUGGUUUGAAAUCCAUUAACCUCGAAACGCAUAUUAUUAAUAAGAAAAAUACGAUUGUUGGCCCUGCGGUGCUAGUGGGAAAUCAACUCAGCGAAAGUAAUCAGUUUGCAACAUCAUUAUCCUCUAAAAAGCUAGGCGAUACAAGUACUACCCCAUUGAAGAAAACUAAUACAAAGAUGAUUUCCAAUCCGAUGCAAAUUACCGAAAUCAAAUCUAUUGUUGACAAAGACGUUAAAUCUUCUUGUCAUAAUCAAGACUUAGCCAACCCACCUCCCCCUAGGAAGCAAUUGACUCCUCAGCUAGAAGUAAUCAAGGAAUCGAGAUGCAGCAAUACGACCUUCAAGAAUGAGGAGGAAUUCGGGAAAUAUAUCGUUUCCGGUUCGAAUUUAAAUUUUCCAGUUAAAGAAAGGAAUGAACACCGAUCUUUGGCAGGCAAGGACAAGGUUGCUAAUUAUAAUAAUAACCAAGUGCUGGCGGGAGAAAGUGAUAAUAGUACGGUUAGUAUCGAGGAUCCCGAAGAGGCCAAUGGCAACACAUACUCGCUGAAGACUGUGACGACUCAGUCCCCUCUACCGAAGUCCAAACAGAACGAGUUAGAAAAUAGUUUGAACAAGAUUUUGUUGAGUAAAGAGGAUAAUAGCGAUAUCAAGUCCACCAACAACUCUGAUUGGAAUUUGCACACGUUCUCCAAUCAAUUACAUCAUUUUAAUUCCAGUGAUUGUGCCAUGAACAACGUCACCUCUUUGAACAACUAUUCCAGUUCUUCGACCCUUUUCUCCAAGUUUCAACUGUCAACAUACAAUAGCCUCCUUAGUAAUUUUACCAGUACCGGCCUAACACUUCUUAAUCCCGAAAAUCCGUUAUCUCUCAUCAAUGUCAAAAAUUCCCCUACGCUCUCACAAAAUUUGUUGUCUCCCAACAAUACGAAUAAUAAUCUAAUGAUCAAAAAGAUAAAUCCACCUGAAACCUGGGAAAAUGUUAUUCAAGCUCACGUUGAUUCUUCUAUUAAGACUAUGCCUGGUGAAAAGGCUUCCUUCGAUUUGAACACUUUCUUGCAAAGUUUAUCAGCCCAAGUCGAAGAAAACCGAAUCAACGAAAUAAAGCUGAGUAAACUGAGAUUCAAGGCUGCCCAAUUGGCUCUGGAGAAUGCGCAACUCAUUGAAAAACUUAAGCAAAUCUUGCUUAAUCGAAAUAUUUUUAACAACAAUCCUAAUCUUCUGAAUAGCAACUUGUACAAUCCUGCUCAUAUGAACACUCAAUUAAUUCAUAACAUCAUGAAUAAUAACAAUCUUUCUUCAGCAAACCUUAAUAACUGUGUCAGUUUUAAUGGUAAUAUUAGUUCUCUGAUACCACCUUCCAACAUAUUAUACAACAACCUAUCAUCGGGGAAUGCUAUCAUAUCUUAAAUUUAUAAUCAUAUUAAUAUAUUUUAAAUUCUAUUAUAUAUUUAUCACUUUAAAAGAUUUUAACUAAUAAU